AUGGCCUCCCAGAAGACACCCGCCGUGCCACGUCCCUCAGCCAGUCUCAUCGUUGUGAACCCGCGCAACGAGAUCUUGCUUGUCCAUAGGAAUCCCAAGUCUAGUGCCUUUGCUGGAAUGCAUGUGUUUCCAGGGGGCAACUUUGACGUGAAGCAAGACGAAGACUUGGCCCAGACCGCGAUACGAGAAACUUUUGAAGAGACGGGGCUGUUGCUCGCUGAAGCCAGCGAUAGCAAGCAGCCUAAUGAUCAGGAUCUAGACAAAGCGCGGGAGGCGGUUCAUUCACAGAAGCUGCUCUUCCGAGACUUCCUUGCACAACAUCGCUUGGCUUUGGACAGGCGAUCACUUUUGCCUUUUACCGAGUGGAUAACACCACCCAAUGUCCCCAAGCGAUUCCAGACCCGAUUUUUCAUCACGUUCCUUGACACCGCCCCUGCCUCUGGCUUUUCCGCGGGCAACAAAGUCGAGCGCGUUCCCACUCCUGAUGGCGGCCAAGAGGUCAUUGCAGCUCGAUUUGUUCACCCAGCGACCGCGUUGCGGGAAUGCCAAGCAAAGCAGAUAGCGCUGAUGCCUCCGCAGUUUUAUCUGGUCACGACGCUUGCCUCGAUCCUAGAGGGCGGUGCCAAUACUCCUGAACAACGCGAUAAGGUGCGGAUGCUUUCGCAGGGCGCUUUUGGCAGGAUGGUGCUUCAUCCGCGGCCUCUACCGUACAAAACUCACGAUGGCUGGUCGGUGUUGACUUAUGAGGGAGAUGAAUCCCGCGGGGGUGCGAAGGGUCGUCUGCAUCGGUCCCUGGUGAGAUUCGAAAAAGGCGGGGUGGCGUCGGAGGUGGUCCUACAGCGGAAUUUUGACAUCUUUACAGAUAUUGAGGAGCGGCUUUUCCAGGGCGGAGCUAAGCUCUGA